AGUAAAGCAAGGAUAUAAAACUGCCUUAUCAGUAACAGGUACACACAGUGUCAACAUUGUCUCACAUGUGUGUGUAAAUUAAGUAAACUGUUUCUAUAUUUAUCAGCAAAUUCUCCCUGAACAAUUACUGAUAACAAGAUAAUUUAACAGCUUAAUUUGACAAAACUUUCUGACAGAUGGAAAAGAAUUGAUUUUAUCUGUUGCUAAGUGACCAGUAUGAUUAUUGCUGGUAGUGGAGAUAAAGAGGUUUGAAUCAACAUAUCAGUAUUUCAGCCUUUGAUUGCUUCUAAGCAAGUGGAUCUUAGUGUUGUUUCUUGAAGAAGAUGGCAACACCAGAGGGUAACAAGCUAUGGGGUGGUAGGUUUACUGGGGCAACAGACCCGGUAAUGGAGAAAUAUAAUCAAUCAAUAUCGUAUGAUAAACGCAUGUGGCGUGAAGACCUUGACGGAAGUAAAGCCUAUGCUAGAUGUAUACACAAGGCAGGUCUUCUUACAGAACAAGAAAUGUUGGCCAUUGUCAGUGGUUUAGAUAAGAUAGGUGAAGAAUGGUCAGGUGGUGUUUUUGAGGUCAAACAAGGUGAUGAAGAUAUUCAUACAGCUAAUGAACGUAGACUCAAGGAACUGAUAGGAGAUACAGCGGGAAAGUUACAUACAGGUCGCAGUAGGAAUGAUCAAGUUGCUGUGGAUAUGAGAUUAUGGUUUAGAAAAGCUGUGAGAUCAUUGAAAUCUCGUCUUGUUGAUCUCAUGAAAGUUAUGGUUCAAAGAGCUGAAAGUGAGAUAGAUGUGUUAAUGCCAGGAUACACCCAUCUACAGAGAGCUCAGCCAAUCAGAUGGAGCCAUUGGAUGAUGAGUUAUGUUUGGAUGUUGAGGAGAGACUAUGAGAGACUGACCCAGUUAUCAGACAGAUGUAAUGUAUGUCCACUAGGAAGUGGUGCCAUUGCAGGAAAUCCAUUUGAUAUAGACAGAGUUACCCUGGCAACUGAUCUUGGUUUUUCUGGUGUAACUGAUAACAGUUUGGAUGCAGUCAGUGACAGAGAUUUUAUAGUUGAGUUUUUGUCCUGGGCAAGUUUAAUGAGUAUUCAUAUAAGUAGAUGGGCAGAAGAUUUGAUACUGUACUCCAGUAAAGAGUUUGGCUUUGUUAGUCUGUCUGAUGCUUACAGUACAGGAAGCAGUCUAAUGCCACAGAAGAAAAACUCAGACAGUCUAGAAUUAAUCAGGGGCAAAUCUGGAACAAUAUUUGGAAGAUGUUGUGGGUUUAUGAUGACAUUGAAGGGAUUACCUAGCACAUACAACAAAGAUUUACAGGAGGAUAAAGUCGCCAUGUUUGAUGUGUACGACACACUUGAAGAUUCUCUACAGAUAGCUACAGGUGUUAUUUCUACACUAAAGAUACAUGAGGAGAAAAUGCAGGCAGCACAGAGUCCAGAUAUGUUAGCCACAGAUCUGGCAUAUUACCUAGUAAGAAAAGGGAUACCAUUUCGUACAGCACAUGGUCUCUCAGGUAGUUGUGUGGCCUUGGCAGAAACUAAAGGUUGUUCCAUAGAUAAACUGACUUUAGAGGACUUAAAAUCUGUCAGUGGUGAGUUUACGGAGGAUGUAUUACAGAUCUGGAGUUAUGAGACAUCAGUGAGUCAGUACAAAGCUUACGGGGGUACAGCUAGGACCAGUGUUCAAGACCAGAUUCAUAAAAUGUUAAACUGGUUUGGUCAACUAACAGUCUGAUUUUAGUGUAUCUUAUUAUCUUAGGAUAAAGUUAACCAUUUUGUUCUAUGACAUUUAUAAAGUACAUAAUGUUUACCUUCAAAAGGUUUAAACCUAGUUAAAUGUAUGUAUGGUUAUGAUCAUUCAAUUAAAGGCACAUAAUGCCUUGUAUAUUAAAUCAAUAUUGUUUUCACAUUAUGAUAUUGCUUUACAUGAUUUCUUUGUUCUUAUAUGUCAAGGGACUGCAUUAAAUUUCAAUUAAUUUAAUUUUCAAGAAUUAUAUACAUGUACAUGCAUAUCUCAAAUAAAUAUGAUCUUUAUUCCAGUUGUUUAUAUUAUGUUACAUAUUAAGUUGUUAAAAUUUACAUAGCUAG